AUGUUGUACCUCGAAGACUAUCUCGAAAUGAUCGAGCAGCUUCCCAUGGAUCUCCGCGACAGGUUUACGGAAAUGAGGGAGAUGGACCUGCAGGUUCAAAAUGCUACAGAUCAGCUGGAACAGAAGGUCAUUGAGUACUUUGUCAAUGCUAAAAAGAACAAACCUGAAUGGAGAGAAGAGCAGAUGGAAGUUAUUAAGAAGGAUUAUUACAAAGCUCUGGAGGAUGCAGAUGAGAAAGUCCAGCUGGCUAAUCAAAUUUAUGAUCUAGUUGAUCGUCAUUUACGUAAACUGGACCAAGAACUGGCUAAAUUUAAGAUGGAACUUGAGGCUGACAAUGCCGGCAUCACGGAAAUCCUUGAGAGGCGAUCAUUGGAGAUGGACAGUCCUUCUCAGCCAGUGAACAACCACCAUGCUCAUUCCCACACUACUGCAGAGAAGAGAAAAUACAGUGCUCCAGUCCAUCACACGACAGAACAUGUUCCUGAGAAGAAGUUCAAGUCUGAGGUGCUGCUGUCCACUCUCACUUCAGAUGCCUCCAAAGAGAACACACCAGGUUGUCGAACCAACAGCACGUCAUCUACCACCAAUAAUGUCUACAGUGUAAAUUCAUCUCAACCUUUAGCAUCCUACAAUCUAAGCUCAUUACCGGCGGGUCCUGCUGCUGGGGCCGGGGCCAUCUCCAUGGCAGCUGCUCAGGCGGUACAAGCCACAGCACAGAUGAAGGAGGGCAGAAGAACAUCGAGUCUCAAAGCAAGUUACGAAGCAAUAAAGAACAAUGACUUCCAGCUUGGCAGAGAGUUUUCUUUGUCUCGGGAUAAUGGUGGAUACUCGUCGUCUGCGCUGGCCUCUACACUCACACAGACCCUGACUCCAGCUGCUGCUUCUGACUCCAGAGGCCGCAAGUCUAAAAGUAGCGUCAAGAACUCCAAUCAUCAGUCGUCCUCUUCCUCGUCCUCUUCGUCUCUCUCGUCUUGUUCCUCCUCCUCCGCUCUGGCCCAGGAGCUCUCCCAGCAGGCCUCGGUGCUGCCCGAAGCAGAGGCCAACAGCCAGGUGGACUGGACGUACGACCCCAAUGAGCCCAGAUACUGCAUCUGUAACCAGGUUUCUUAUGGUGAAAUGGUUGGUUGUGAUAAUACAGACUGCCCGAUCGAAUGGUUCCAUUACGGCUGUGUGGGUCUGACUGAGGCCCCGAAAGGGAAGUGGUACUGCCCACAGUGCACAGCAGCCAUGAAGAGGAGAGGCAGCCGUCACAAAUAG